AGGAUGAGAUUGAAAUUGGGAAGGAAGAAAUCAUCCGAUUACGGGAGGAAUUAAAAGUAGAGCAGGAGCAACUAAAAUUCAAGACGGAAUAUGAUGAAUUAGCGCGAGCUAUUCAGCAGCACACUUCGCGUCAAGAACUAGAGGCAGAUAUCAAACAAUUGGAUCAAGAAAUUGCUGAACUCGAACAAAAAGUACGAGAAAAAGAUGAAACUCUAUCUAGACGACGAAAUCAAAUAGAAGGAAUAUUAUCGACUGUUACUCAUGAUGCGCUUAUACAAGACACGGUUGAAAAUGAAAUUGAAGAUAAUAUCUCCCCUUCACAUCGGGAAAUUCCAAGCUCACAUUCACCGCCGGAUGAAAAUCAAGCCAACACAGAUAAUUUUGAAAAUAAUGUGGAUCGUGAGGAGGGUGAGACUUUGAUUGAAGAGGGUGAACAUGAAGAAGGAGAAAAUAACCAAACAAUAUCUGAAUCAGAAGAAGGACAGAAUCAAGAAGAGGAUAGACGCACCGCCGAGAACGCUUCUAUUCAAGAAACUAUCAGUCCCCAAGAAAGUUCUAGUUCUAGUCCGCAUGAAGUUCUUAGUCCCGAGAAUGCUAGCCAACCAGCAACUAUUACUCCGCCUGAAAAUGCCACCCCUUCUACUGCUGUUAGCCCAAUUGAACAUGAACAGGCUAGCUCAACAGUGACAGCUACACCUAAUAUCUCCCUAAAAAGAGGUCAUGAGGAAGAGGAGGAGGAUGACGACCAUAAAUCUGUGGCAUCAUCAUCAACAACAAGAUCAUCAAAAAGAAGUCGUCUUGAUGAUCAAGACAACGAGAUUGGCCGUGGUGGUGACGAUUUGGGGGAAGAAGAGGAAGGUGCCGUUAAGAUGGAUGAAUAG